GAACAAGACAAAGAGAAGCUUUAUUGAGCGUUAAAACAGCUCAGAGGAGACCUGCAGUGGGUAGCUCCUCUCUGUAGGCAGGUUGUCCUGAAGUCUGCCCAGCUCCUAGGAGAGAGGAGGCCCUGGAGAGGGUAGCUCCUCUCUGCAGCUGGUUGUCCUAACGUCUGCCCAGCUCCUAGCAGAGAGGAGGCCCUGGAGAGGGUCACUCCUCUCUGAAGCUGGUAGUUCUGACAUCUCUGCAAGUCUCUGAAGCUCUCAGCUGAGACGGUAGCUCCUCUCUGCAGCUGGUUGUCCCAUUAUCUGCUCAGCUCUGGCUAAGUUGGGGAUUUUAUGGGCCUCAGAGGGGAGCAAGUGCCUGCUGCUGAUUGAUCCAUGGGCAGCCAUGGGCAGCCAUGGGCAGGCUCGGAAAAGGCACCACAAGUUCCCACUCUGGCUCAUGGGGCUGGCAGCCCAAACCCCAGCCUUCAGGCCCUCCUUGGCCAGAAGUUGGGGCCUCACUGGGGACCCACCCCCUUCUGCCCAGGAGUCCGUCUGCCUCCCACUGCCAUUCAUGGUGCCUGGGUUCAGCCUCAACUUUGCUCCAAGAAUGGAGCAGAUGCCAACAGCAGGGAGAAACCAGGCAGCAGGAGCAGGCACUUCUGAGCCUGUGAGGGCAUGCAGGGCCUUCCUGGGCCCCCAAGAGUGCAGGGAUGCCUGGGGCUGCAGCCGUAGUUUGGAUGGCUGCAGCUGCCCCCAGGAGGGCAGGGCUCCUGCCUGCUCCUGGCUCCCCAAGAGCACAGGGAGGCUCAGAUCUGCAGCCACACCUUGGGCGGUGCUCCUGCCUGCUCUGUGGAGCAGGAGGCCCCAUUCUGCAGCUGUGCUGCAGAGGCACCCAGGGAGCUCCCACCCCAACUCAGAAGGGGUGGGUCUCCUGCUUGUCCCUGGCUCCCGCCAGAGAGUGUGCAGCCCUGGCCAUGCCUCCCUGCUGCAGCAGUAGGCCGUCUGGAGCAGCCGCUGCCAUAGUGAUUCUCAUAAUUUUAUUUUGCCUUGGCAUCCAUUUUGAAUAUGUUUAACUUUCUCAUAUGAGAAGCAGGGCUCAAUCACCUUUGACACAGUUUCCAGUUCUCUGCUUCCUCCCAGUUCUUCAAUGUGAUCCAUCCAGAUAUCUGCUUAAUGCAACUGCUUCCUGGUGACCAUCUCCCUAUGGGAAAGGUAAAUGCAGCCUACUUGACUCACCCGUUGACCUCCAUAACCCAUACGGACUGUGUAGAUGGGCUCCAGUGACCACCUCACAGUGACAAGGUGACUCCAUGGAAUUUGUGCUUGCUUGUUCUAAACACCAAUUAGAACUCCCAUAGGAAACUGCUUGGGUAACACGCUGGACCCCAAUAGAGGCUUUAGCUCCACAGGUGCCCCUUCCUUGACCUCCUUCCACUGGCUGAACUCCCUGUCACCUCCAGAUUUACCCUCCUUCUGGUGACCACAAGACCAAAUUAGAAAGAAACCAUAACAAUAAAAAUCACAACACCCAGCAGUCAAAGUGUACAUCAUUAUCAGAAAAGAGGAAAGAUACAAAGGAAGCAAAGUUUUCCUUGUAGUAAACUUCAAGAAAAUUUUCCUGCAUGGAACUUUACAAAAGAUAGAAUAAAAAGUGGGCUGUGCAUGGUGGCUCACGCCUGUAAUCCUAGCAUUCUGGGAGGUCGAGUUGGGUGGAUCGCUUGAUGUCAGGUGUUCGAGACCAGCCUAGCCAACAUAGAAACACCCAUCUCUACUAAAAAUACAAAAAUUAGUCAGGUGUGGUGGCAUGUGCCUGUGAUCCCAGCUACUCAGGAGGCUGAGGUGGGAGGAUCAUUUGAGCCUGAGAUGCAGAGGUUGCAGCGAGACGAGAUCACACCACUGCACUCCAGCCUGGCCGACAGAGCCAGAACCUGUCUCAAAAAAAAAAAAAAAAAAAAAAAAAAAAAAAAAAAAAGUGCCUUCAACAUCAUUCUACAGCAGAUGCAGUAAUGGAAUUCAGUCUACUUUUUGUUUCUACAUUGGAUAAAAGCUGAGGACAUAAUGAAGGAUGUUUUGCUUAGGACUAAAAAAUACAAGAAAUUUCUGUGGCACUAGACAUAUGCUCAUAGCAGCACACUUUUCAAACAGUAUUCUUUCUUUCUUUCUUUUUUUUUUUGAGACAGAGUUUCACUCUUGUUGCCUGGACUGGAGUGCAAUGGUGCAGUCUCAGCUCACUGCGACAUCCGCCUCCUGGGUUCAAGCGAUUCUCCUGUCUCAGCCUCCCGAGUAGCUGGGAUUACAGGCAUGCGCCACCGCACCCGGCUAAUUUUGUAUUUUUAGUAGAGAAAGGGUUUCACCACGUUGGCCAGGCUUGUCUCAAACUCCUGACCUCAGGUGAUCCACCCGCCUCGGCCUCCCAAAGUGCUUGGAUUACAGGCGUGAGCCACCGCCCCCUGCCCAGUAUUCUUAAAUGCAAGCUUUCCCAUUAGAGAUCUAAUAAAAGCUAGGUAGCAAAACUUCCACUGAAACGUGCUUUGAUGAGUACCUACACACUAAAUUGAUAUCCCGAGUUUCUGGAAGAGCUACAUACUCUAAAUCCCAUCUCAGCGUAUGGCUUGUUUGAACCCCUGUAGGACUCUUUCCAUCCAGGAAGGGCCAUGGGACAUCAGUACGAGUGGGUGGGCUAGAGAAAGAACUCCUUUGCCUGUUUGCUGUUCUCAUCCUUUUCCUGAACGCCAUGUAGUAAACAUCAUUUAUGCUUAUCAGGGACGCUAAACCAACAACCUGAGAUACAUAAGUAAGGCAGUGACCAACGAUGGGCUGCCACACUUUCAGCCAACUUGAGGAGACAAAACUUUUUUGUUCACUUUUGCAGCUUACUUAACACAGGACCGCAGGGCAUGGUCCAGGGAGGACGGGGAGACAAUUCCCUCCGGGUAGUUCUUACAGAAAAGUCUUCCCUGAAUUAUUCCACAGCCUUGGAAAACUACUUUCUUUCCUUCUGUACUGGACAAACCAUCCAACCUCGCGCGGAGAAUGGGGCAAAGCCUCGGGUCACGGGGCCUCGGCGGGGCGGUGAGGGGCGGGAACACGGCUCCGUAGGGCGGGGCCAAGCCGGAGCGAGGCUGCGGGUCCGGACGCCGUGCGCGCGCGCGCGGCAGGUCGGCGCCGGGCGGGGGCGGAGCGGCAGUCGCAGGUCCACGCCGUAAACAGACAACAUGGCGGCCGCGGUGGCGGCGGGACCUGGGGCCUUGGGAUCCCUGCAUGCUGGCGGCGCCCGCCUGGUGGCCGCUUGCAGUGCGUGGCUCUGCUCGGGGUUGAGGCUGCCCCGCUCGUUGGCAGGCCGGCGGGUGGGCCCGGCGAUCUGGGCCCAGGGCUGGGUACCUGCGGCCGGGGGUCCCGCCCCGAAAAGGCGCUACAGCUCUGAGAUGAAGACGGAGGACGAGCUGCGGGUGCGGCACCUGGAGGAGGAGAACCGAGGAAUUGUGGUGCUUGGAAUAAACAGAGCUUAUGGCAAAAAUUCACUCAGUAAAAAUCUUAUAAAAAUGCUAUCAAAAGCUGUGGAUGCUUUGAAAUCUGAUAAGAAAGUACGGACCAUAAUAAUCAGGAGUGAAGUCCCAGGGAUAUUCUGUGCUGGUGCUGACCUUAAGGAAAGAGCCAAAAUGAGUUCCAGUGAAGUUGGUCCUUUUGUCUCCAAAAUACGAGCAGUGAUUAACGAUAUUGCUAAUCUUCCAGUACCAACAAUUGCAGCAAUAGAUGGACUCGCUUUAGGUGGUGGUCUUGAACUGGCUUUAGCUUGUGAUAUACGAGUAGCAGCUUCCUCUGCAAAAAUGGGCCUGGUUGAAACAAAACUGGCAAUUAUUCCUGGUGGAGGGGGGACACAGCGAUUGCCACGCGCCAUUGGAAUGUCCCUGGCCAAGGAGCUCAUAUUCUCUGCGCGAGUCCUCGAUGGCCAAGAAGCCAAAGCAGUGGGCUUAAUCAGCCACGUUCUGGAACAGAACCAGGAGGGAGAUGCGGCCUACAGAAAGGCCUUGGACCUGGCGAGAGAGUUUUUACCUCAGGGACCUGUUGCAAUGAGAGUGGCAAAAUUAGCAAUUAAUCAAGGGAUGGAGGUCGAUUUAGUAACAGGGUUAGCCAUAGAAGAAGCUUGUUAUGCUCAGACCAUUCCAACAAAAGACAGACUUGAAGGUCUUCUUGCUUUUAAAGAGAAAAGGCCCCCUCGCUAUAAAGGAGAAUAAAAGGAACAGAAAUUCUUAAGAUGCCAAUGUAAUAAAUGUAUUUCCUGGAAGUGUCUUUCGGAUCCACUAUAUGCCUCAGCACAUGGAAUCUUAAUGACCAAAGUGAGGAGCAGAUUAUUCAUAUAGUGUAAUAAGCAUCCGGAAUGGACCCAUCCGUGUACUUCAUUUAAAUGUGUAAAUGUCAUAUUUAUUCAGAUUUAUAAAGCUAGUAGUGUAUAGUCAGAAACAGAAUCAAAGUUAGAUAUACAUUUUUAAAUAUUUACUGCAUAUGAGGCUUUCUGUUCUUAAUUUUUUAAUGUGAAUAAUUUAUAUAUUGCACAUUCUAGGGAAUAAUAUUGAUUCUAUGUCUACUGUGCUGCAUUAAGAAAAUAAAAUUUCUAUAUACCAAAAAUGUGAAGUUAUACCAAAUAAAGUUUCUAAGUGAUUAAUGCAUAUGAACAGAUACAUAUACAUAUAUCUAAACCUGAAAAAUGAAUUGAUAUUCUGAGUGAAAACUACCUUAUAUAAAUAAAAUUAGUGAAAAGAAAA